AUGGGCUUCGCGCACUCACUCGAGGUGCUGUACGCGCUGCUACGGCUGUACGCGAGCGGGGCUGCAUCAUCCUCUUCCUUCUCUGACGCUCCAUACCCGCAUCUACAACAGAGAUUGCAGCAGACAUUGCGCGUGGUUGCUCUCACGGCCUUCGGAGCAGUCUUUAUCCCGCUGCUGCUGCUGUGCUUACUGCCGUUGCUCUCUCCACUGGAAUUUCCAGGCUUCUCUGCUUUCCUCUUGGUGAUUGCGUCUUUGUGGGCCUCUACUGUCGCUCACUUGACGCUCCGGUAUGCGCUGUUGCCCACGCCUCGAAGAGCGGAGGCCGAGCCGGUCCGCGGAAGGCUCCAAGCUGCUGUUUGCGCCAUCGUGGUUACUGUGACGCGCGUACGCGAGCAGCCGCAGCUACCAGUAUUAUUACUUCUCUGUGUAAUUCACUCGUAUGUCUGGAAGAUCGUGCUAUACUACGGAAUGGCGUCCAGCAUCCACGUUGCAACGAGCUUUGGAUCGUUCGCUGUCGCCGGUGGCCUCGUAUCGUUUGUGUCGUUUGUACUGGUGGAGAAGAGUCUAGCUGAAGAUCCGUUCGUGCUGGAUCCGCGUGCAGCCUUUGUGAGAGCCAUGCAGAGAGACGUGGUGCGUGCAGUGCGUCGUGGAGUUCUUGUUUACAUCCUGGGACGCGUAUGGAGCUGGGUAGUGACAUUCCAAGUUACGACUAGUUUUAUGGAGAACUUGGCUAUCUUGAGUGCUGCUUCGGUGUUCAGGACCUUGCUCUUCCGUGCGAGUCACCAGGUGGUAGGCGGUGCAUUCGGGGGGACCAACAACUUGUGGGACUCACUUGCAAGCAUGAAAUUUAAGGAAGGAGAUGUCGCGAGUGCUUUAUUUGCGACGGAAGUUACAGCGAGUCCACAGAAUGUCACGCCGCUGAAUGAACAGUACCUGCAUGGACUGCACAGUCGUAUGGAUGCGGCGGUCAAGACGAUCUCGGACAAGAAAACGCCCAAGGCCCCUGCAGAUGCCGAAGAUGUGGAGAUCUUGGACAGUUUGUUUAAGUUUGAGAACUUGCUCACUGGAUGCAAAUUCGAUGCAACUGCGCGAGAAACGCUUUUCACGUCUCGGGAUCGAUGGAACGCAUUGUUUAACUCGACGACUGCGGUGGUGGAUGGAUUCACGUUAAUGUUGCAGCUGCUGAACACACUGCCAGAUAGGAAGGGUGAUACAGGAGACAACGCUCCUGCUGGCGCCUUGGCUCUUGAGCAGUCUUUUGGUUCUUUGCUACGCUUCUUAAACACACAGCAAGAUACCCACCCGCUGCUUCUGCUCCAGCAGUAUCCUCACCUAGCGAACCUUCGCAUCUCCUCGUCUAGUGUGAAGUCGUCCAUCAAGUUUUUCUUCGAGUCGAAGUUGCAGCUCGCGGUUCGCCGCUUCUUGAUGGAAGAGGCACGUCGGCGUGUGUUCCAGCGCACGAAAGUUGUGCGCGCGGCAGAAUCGUUGUUGUGCCAUCUUGUUAGUGUCUCGCGUGCGGAGGACAAACAGGGAAUUGUUCAGCACACUGUACCUGCUGUGGUUUCGUCGCUCUUAGAGUGCCGCAACGCUUUGGACGCAUACAUGGAGACGUGUUUGAAGGAGAGUAGUACGACCGAUGUAUACGUGCAAGAAGCCACGGCUCUAGCAAAAGGAAUCGACAGCGGUAUUUAUCGCAUCACGGAGGUAUUUCAGGGCGAGUUAUCCUUGUUCGCGUUCCCUCCUGACGUCAAGAAGGCGCUGCUUGCGUACGCGAGCUUCAAUGCUUAG